AUGCGCCAAAUGGAAGCAACCGAUUGGUUGGAGGUAGCUCUUGCUCAUCAAUGUACUCUGGCCGCGGUGUGGGUGGAAGCAGUUAUAUGGGUUCAGGCGGUUCUGGCUCGUACCAUUGAGGGUGGUGGUUGUGGUUCAAGCCCUCUUGGCUAUCCACAGAUUGGUGGUCAGGCUGUAGUUAUUUCGCUGCAAGGAUACUCAAGCUGUGUCGUCUAA